AUGCAAUUAUUUCUGUGUAUUCUUCUUAUUGAAUCGUUUGUGUUAUCAAAGACUCUAUCUAUCAUUGUGGUAGCUGGUCCAAAGAAUCGACCCAUGUUAAAACGAUCGAUGCGUGAUCUUUCUGAAGCUCUCAAACAUCUCCCCAGAGACUUAUCAGUCCGCAACAUCUUCUUUAUACGAGGGUGUCAAAAUUGUACGUUCAGUGAUAUGGAUGACGUUGUUACUGAAUUUAGUUCAACAUUUGACAUAUCUAUAAAUGUGGAAGAACUGCACUUUAAUCCAAUAGAAAAGGAUGGCACGAAUUUCACUGACUGGGUCGCCGAAUUUUACUCGGCGACGGAUUUGCGAAAUGGAAAUCCUCGAUGGAAGUGGGACAGAUACUUGAAGCACAUGCGAAUCAAUUAUUAUUUUCUAAAUGGGUUACUUAAGGCUUUGAGUGAUGCUAAGUCGGACUAUUUCUUGUUUGCGGAAGACGACCAGACAUACAACUUACAUGCUUUUAAUGGGGUUCUGGAAUUGACAAAUCGAAGUAAGACAAGACGGUGUUACUCAAAAAUAGCGUAUCAAGGUCGUCGACCAAAAAAUGUCACUAAAUUCACAGUGCCUUCCGCUUUUGGUGCAUUUGGAACUUUGAGGUCGAGAGAAGAAGCACUUAUUUUUGUAAGGUUACUUAAGUUUGUCAAUAGAAGUGAGUCGGAAGAUACUCUUGCUGAAUUCUUCUGUAAAGCAUCUAAAGGUCAUGUCGAAGUAAAUCAUGUGUCAAGACACUUCGGGUGGGAUAAGAAGUUACCGUCUUAA